UCGUUACUAUGUUUGACGUGGAGUCUGGGUACUACAAAACAUUUCCGCGCAACAAGCGACCAGUGAGUGUCGGGCUGUGUGAAGGAAGAUAACUGUCAAACUGACAAAAUGCCAAACAUUAAACUGCAAAGCUCGGAUGGCGAGAUAUUUGAUGUUGAUGUGGAGGUUGCCAAGGCUUCAAUGACAAUAAGGACAAUGUUAGAAGACCUUGGCAUCUCAGAUGCAGAUGACGAGCUUGUUCCACUCCCCAAUGUUAAUGCUGGUAUUUUAAAAAAAGUAAUCACUUGGGCACAGCACCACAAAGAUGACCCUCCUCCUCCAGAAGAUGAUGAAAACAAAGAAAAACGAACUGAUGACAUUGACCCAUGGGAUCAGGAAUUUCUCAAAGUUGACCAAGGAACAUUAUUUGAGCUCAUUUUGGCAGCAAACUACUUGGAUAUCAAAGGACUGUUAGAUGUUACAUGUAAAACAGUUGCAAACAUGAUAAAAGGGAAAAGUCCUGAAGAAAUAAGGAGAACCUUUAAUAUAAAAAAUGAUUUUACCCCUGAAGAAGAAGAACAAGUCAGAAAAGAGAAUGAAUGGUGUGAGGAGAAGUGAAAAGUCAGUUGUUAGAACUCAAGUUUUUUCGUGUUAAAAUUGAAAGCCUUGCUUUGUUUUUCAAAAGAGUAACGAGAAGACCAAAUUUUUUCCUGUAUUAUACAAUAAGGACUAAGCUUGUGCAAUUUCUAAUAGGUUAUUGUAUAAAUUAAGUUACUUUUUGAGCUUGUAGUUAAACAAAUUAUUACAUGUAUAGGCAUACAAAUCUA